GUAAAAAGAUAUUAUCGGAACUAUGACAGUAAUAGAAUAAUCAAUUAUCCAUUAAUUCCCGCCUUGGAUACCAAGCCGCGCAUACCACCACCACUCAACAGGAAAAAUGACCCUCCGUCUCGUCUCAGCUCCGCCGUCAUUCUCUCUCUUCACCUGCCGCGCCACCUCCCCCACCGCCGUCCCUCUGCCUCCGCCUACUUCUUCAGUUCCACAGCCACCGCCGCUAACGUGCGCACUUCACUGCCCCCACUUCCAAUCGUGCUCGGGGUGCACGCACGAGUUCAACCUCCACCGUCCGGUUAUAAUGGAGGACGCCACCGAUUUCUUUCGGAAACACGGCGUCUCAGACUUCACAUUUGACACUUGCAAACUGUGGGGUUGGAGGUGCCGUGCUAAAUUGGCCGUGCGUGGCUCUUCGACCGACCCUCUCAUUGGCCUCUAUGAGGAGGGUUCUCAUAACGUUGUUGACAUUCCACUCUGCAAAGCACAUCAUCCUAAUAUUAAUGCUGCUGUGGAGCUGGUUAGACAAGGUAUUACUGAAAUAGGUGUUGAGCCGUAUAUUGAAGAUGAAGGUACAGGCGAUUUGCGAUACAUCCAGAUGGCUGUGACAACAUACAACACAUCUCUUCCUGCAGCAGAAAGAUAUAAGAAUGGAAAGGUUCAGGUUACAUUGGUUUGGAAUUCAAGAAAUGAAAAUACUCCUGGUUCAGACAAAUUGAAUGCAUUGGCAAAUUUUCUAUGGAAAAAUGGUGGGCCACGGAGCAGGCUUCAUUUAGUUCACUCUGUGUGGGCCAACUUUCAGACUUCUACUAACAAUAUAAUUUUUGGGAAUAGAUGGAGACAUCUUCUUGGAGAAAGAGAUUUUUGGGAACAUGUUGGUGGAAUUGAUGUGUCCUUGGCCCCUUCUAGUUUUGGCCAGGCAAACACACGGGCUUUUGAUACCUUGCUUCGGAAGUUACAGAAGUAUGUUCCACAUGAAUCAUCUGUUGCUGAUUUGUAUGCUGGAACUGGGGUCAUUGGGUUGUCAUUAGCUGCCACAAGAAAAUGCAGAUCCAUUAAAUGCAUUGAGAUUAACAAAGAGUCAAAGGCAUCUUUUGAGAAGACAAUUGAACGUUUACCUGCCACUGUUGAAAGCAGUAUUACUUGGCAUCAUGCAGAUGCUUCAAAAGAACCUUUUUUGUGGCUUGUGGGGUCAGAUGUUGUUGUCAUUGAUCCUCCCAGGAAAGGACUUGAUGCAUCUCUUAUUGAUGCAUUGAAGAAUAUAUCAGCAAUCGAGCGUAAAGUUUUCUCAUCAUCUGAAAGCUCAAACUCAGCCCAAGAAGAGAAAAGACCAUGGGUUUUACGUGCUAAAGAAGCUUCAGUCCAGAUUGGAAGCAAACCAUCUCCGGCCCGCAUCCCUCAAUCAGUGCCACAAACCCUUAUUUAUAUAAGUUGUGGAUGGGAAAGUUUUAAAGAGGACUGCAAGUCAUUGUUGUCUAGUAAGGCAUGGUAUUUGGAAAAAGCUCAUGCCUUUAAUUUCUUUCCUGGUACACAAAGCAUUGAAGUUCUAGCAGUGUUCAAGAGGGGCCCUCAGAAAAAGAAACAAGGAAAGAAAAAGAAAAAACACUUGCAAGGAGCUGUGAGACAUUAAUUAGGACAUGGUUCAAUACCCUGGUUUUGUGUACACCAGCAUCAGUGUAUAAUUUUGCAUGGAAGAAAAGAAAUGGAUAAGUUUUAUAGCAGUCUCGAGUGAAAGGGAAUGGUUCAAUACCAUUGUCAAGUUUUGGGGGAAUGUUGUGGGGUUGGGAUUGUUUGUAAUGGUGGAAAAGGGAAUAUCGUUUCAUCAUUUGAUAAAAUUGUGUUGAAGGAAUAUUAAAAUUUGAAUAUAGUUGACAUCGCUUUUUGUAUU